AUGCGACGUCGGGGCGUGGAUCAGGCCUGGGAUGCUCUGCAGGAGAUGAUGCGAGCUGGCCUGCCGGCCGACCGCUUUACUGUGUCCAGGAUGCUGAUGCGCACCCUGGCCGACGGGCGGAGGAGCUGGGACCCGGCAAAGAUCAACCGGUCGGUCGCGCUCGUUGAGCAAUUUGUGCAGAUCCAGCCCCAGGAGGCAGACGAGGUGCUUUUCAAUGCGAUUCUAGAUACACAUUCGCGAACGAAAGACAUCGCCAAGUUGGAGACGACUUUUCAGCGCAUGAAGGACUUGGGCGUGGAGCCCUCCCAUGUGACGCUGGGAAUCCUCGUCAAGGCAUACGGCCAGGUUUGCGACAUCAAGAAGGUUGUACAGCUGUGGGACGAGAUGGUCGAGCAGCGGGAGCAGGCGAAUGCCGUCACCUAUGGCUGCAUGAUCAACGCCUGCGUGAAGUGCAGUCAGACGGAGAAGGCGCUUUCGAUCUUUCGUGAUAUGCAGAAGCGGCACAAGCAGUGUAACACGAUUCUGUACACGACCCUGAUCAAGGGCUAUGGGAACGAAAAGGACCUGAACACUGCCAUUAUGCUGUUUCGGGAGAUGAGGGAGGAAGGUGUUCCCUACAACACCAUCGCUUACAACUCCAUCAUCGAUGUUUGCAUCAAAUGCACCGAAGUGGCAAAAGCAGAGGAAUUUUUCCAGGAGAUGAUGUCCGAAAGCAGCACUGUACAGCCGGACCUCAUCACCUACUCCACCCUUCUGAAGGGCUACUGCCAGGUGGGAGACCUGGACAAAGCGUUGCAGGUAGCAGCCACCAUCAAGGCUUGUGGGAUGCAGUGUGACGAGCUGGUCUACAACACUUUGAUGGACGGCUGCGUCAAGGCUAAUGAUCUUUCGGCCGGUGUGGGGCUGUUCGCGGAGAUGGCCUCGGCUGGCAUGAAGCCGUCCUCCAUCACCCACAGCAUCUUCUUGCGGCUGUAUCAGCGCAACGGCUACAAGGGAAACGCCCUGGAUGCUGUCGCGCAGCUUUACCAACACCACGGCCUGGAGAAGCCCUCGGGGAUGGUCGAGAAAGCCAGCAAGGCCGCUGCGCGGCGGGAGAACCGUGCCAAAGGUUCCAAGAGCCGAAAUGGGGCGGGGACCAAGCAGUCUACCCGCGCCAGGCAAGGCCCUGCAAAGCAGGGCGGGUACGAUGGAGGU